ACCCGGCGAAGUGGCGUAUGAAGAUGGUUUGUGCUGACGCGAAGAGGCUGGCAACAGUUGCCGUAGGAAUAAACGCCAUAGCCACCGUAGCUGUGACGACUGUUACCCACCAACACGACCAACUAAGAGUGGUGUGCCAAUGGCCACCCAAACCUAUGUAACAGAUCUACAGGCUAUGAACCCAGCCACAUUGCAAGUACAGCAAGCAUUUGGCUUAAAUCUUUCCACUGAUGGGGCAGCAGUAGUGAAAGCAACAACAGCCUCCGGUAGCAGUGUGCAGACAGCAUCCAACAAAGUGGCGCCCACAACAACCAUCAUCCAGCCUGCUCAGGCCCACUCCGGCCAGCAGUUCAUUGUCACCACAACAGUGGGUGAGCAGGUGGAGCAAGGGCAGGAGACUGUCACUUUGCAGGGAGGACAGACUGUAUAUCAGUCACAAGUACAGUACGUAGAUGGAUCUGAUCCAAGUAUCUACGCAACUACAAAUGGCCAAAUGCAAAACUAUCAGGACUAUGGACAGAAUGCAAUGUACACCCCAGUGUCUGGAACCUAUUAUCAAACAGCCCAAGGAACCCAGGUUGCCACUGGGAUCGUUCCGAUGGGAUCUGCUGUGCAGGCAGUACAGGGUCAACUCAUUCAACAGCAGGGAGGUACAUAUCUCAUCCAGGGGGGCACAAUGGAUGGGGAGGGCACCCCUCUAACCCACACAACCAGAGCAUCACCUGCCACGAAAUAUCACGGAGUUUAUGAAGUUCAAUGGCUGCUAGACAACUACGAGACUGCUGAGGGCGUGAGUCUGCCUCGGAGUACACUGUACUAUCACUACUUGCGGCACUGUCAAGAGCAGAAUCUUGACCCCAUGAACCCAGCAUCGUUUGGAAAACUUAUCAGAUCUGUAUUUUUGGGACUUCGCACACGAAGAUUGGGAACCAGGGGGAACUCAAAGUAUCAUUAUUAUGGUAUUAGAAUCAAGGCCAAUUCUCCUCUCAACCAGUUCACUGAUGACCAGACCAUGGCCAUGCGUCAGCAGCCAAUGUAUCAAAGCAAAAAGCCUAGCAACAGUAAGAUGGAUGGAUCUGAAGGUGAUACCAGCAGCCAGGGAAGUCACACACCUGGGUCACAGGAGACAAAUUCAUCUCAGCAGCAGCACCAGCAGUUCCUUGGUGAUGCAUCAACAGCCAUCCCAAACUUUGAGGACAUAGAUACAAGCAGUGACCCCCUUCCUGAUGGAGUCACCCCUGCAGAGAUCAGAACCUUUCAAAAGAUGUACAGAGAGCAUGCAGAGGCUGUAGUCGAUGUUGUUGUCAAUCUACAGUUCUCUCUCAUCGAAGCACUCUGGCAAGGUUUUUGGAGGAAUCAGCAAUCUGAACAAAAUAGUGCAGAAAAUGAAUUUGAGAAAAGACUGCCAAAAGAGAAGCUGUUCGCUUUGUGUAAAUAUGAACCUGUACAGAAAUAUGUGCGCAGAUCUGAUUAUGCUUUCUAUCAAGCAUUAGUGGAAGUAUUGAUUCCUGAUGUUCUCAGGCCUAUUCCCAGUUCUCUGACUCAGGCCAUACGAAACUUUGCCAAGAGUUUAGAAAAUUGGCUCAAGAGUGCCAUGGUAGAUGUGCCAGAAGAAAUGGUCAAAACAAAGGUUGGUGCUGUGAGUGCCUUUGCUCAGACGCUGCGACGCUACACAUCUCUCAACCAUCUGGCUCAGGCGUCGAGGGCUGUGCUACAGAACACGUCACAGAUCAACCAGAUGCUAACUGAUCUCAACAGAGUAGACUUUGCUAAUGUCCAGGAGCAGGCCUCCUGGGUAUGCCAGUGUGAAGAUGGCGUGGUGCAACAGCUCCAAGAGGACUUCAAGAAAACACUGAAACAACAGAAUUCACUGGAGCAGUGGGCUGUUUGGUUGGAGGGAGUAGUCAACCAGGUGCUCAAGCCACAUGAGGGGAGCCCAAACUUCCCUAAAGCAGCCAGACAGUUCCUUCUAAAAUGGUCAUUUUAUAGCUCGAUGGUGAUCCGAGAUCUAACAUUGCGCAGUGCAGCCAGCUUUGGUUCAUUUCAUCUGAUCCGAUUGUUAUAUGACGAGUACAUGUUCUAUCUAGUCGAGCACAAGGUUGCCAGGGCAACAGGAGAAACACCCAUUGCUGUUAUGGGCGAGGUGCGACAGUUCAUAGAUCUUAGCAGCGCCAUUGCCUUGAGCACACUGGAAUCUGAUAAACCUGCUGUGCCAUCCCCUAUGCGACACAGUGCAAACAAUGUGUCUACAUCAUCCAACUCCAACACGACUACUGUGAUGCUUGUAACAUCCAAUGCAGGCUCAGCAAAUAACAGUAGUAGUGUUGCUCCUACAGUUACAGUCAGACCCACAGCCAAUGGCCUUCCUGCAACAGGGACAUCCACAAGCAGUUCGAAUGCAAACACAGUGGUUGUGUUGUCGUCAACUGUAGCUGGAGGUGCCCCAGGAACCAAUACUAUUACUGGAGCUUCAGCGUCACUACCCACUGCUGUUACAGUGCGAGCUGCAGCAGCUGCCACUGCCCCAAACACAAAAACUCAUACCAUUCUUGUUAUGCCUGUAGCUUCAACAGCAACCUCAGGGGAUGUUACAGCUGCCAAACGUCUUAAAACAGAAUGAAGUCACUGUCAGAUUCUUUAUAUAUUUUUUCCAUGGUAACCCAUUGUGAUCAACUUUCUUUGAACUUGUGAUUUAGACAUGUGACAACCCCAGUUCCUCUAGAUUUUAUUUAUUGUCACAAGGGAUGAAGGUUCUAUUGAUGCAUUCAUCCUGUGUGAUGUAUUGAUAGCUUUAAGUAUUUUUUAUGCUGACGGUUAACACCAAGUUUAGAAAUUUGUGUUCAUUAGCUGUCAACAGUUGACAAAGUCACUAGGUAUUCUUAGUACUGUAGUGAUAGCUCCAAGAGAGGCCAUAUACUUUUUAACUUGAAGCUAGUGGCUUUGUUUUAUUUUGCUUUGUUCAGUCUUUUUUAUAUUAGUUUGUUACUUGCCUGAAGUUGAAGAGACAUUCCUUGCUUUUAGAUUACAGGUUUUGUCAGCUGAUUCGUCUGAUACAUGCUUGUUAUUAGUGGCAUAGACUGCCCACACCUACCCUACCCAAUCAGCUUCGUACAGUGUUUUAGAUGUGUACAGUGCUCCCUUCAGUCUUAAUGUACAUACUACAUUUAAGUAUUUUCUAUGUGUACAAAAGAUGAUUUAUAUUUUAUGUUGUUGAGGUUUGUGUGAAGCCCUGUGUGGCCAACUCCAGUAUUCCUCUAGGAUUGUACAUACAUGUUGUUAUUUAUAUGAUGAUUAUCUGCUGCUGCUGGGUUUAGCUGCAACACACCUAUGGCAGCUACCCUCCCAUUCACACGCACACACACACACAAUUACAAUCAGAAUCAUACAUAUACAUUCAAUUCAGUAAUAAAAACACACACAGUCACUGGUUUGUGAGAGUUCAUUGUAGGAAUGGGUCCUGAAAUGUCUGGAUGUCCCUACAUUAGGAUCAAAUGCAUUUGUUAACUGCCAUAUGAAGUCAUUUCAGAAAGACAAUGGUCCUGCAGCUGCUUACAUGCAGCAGGGGUGUCUAACCUGACUUCACUGCACAUUAUGUCAAUAACUCUCAGAUAUUUCUGUUGAUCUUCAUGUUACCCACUCCCUUUUAGAUCAUUUUUAAGCAGCCAGAUACAAAUCACUUUGCUAAAGAAAUGGCAUUUUGUGCUGACUAGUCAUGUAAGUCAGGAACUACUGGGCUAUUUUUCUGUCAAACGUUCAUCAAUUUGGAAUUGGUUUGUGCAUUAAUAUAAUGGUAAAGUAACUUUGUUAAGAAUUUUGUAAGGUAGACAUUGAUAAAAUCUCUGCCACAUUAUGCACCUUCAUUAUACAGAGGAAAUGGGAUGCUCAAGAAGUCAUUGAAUGGGAGUUUUCCAUUUUGAAAUUUGCCAAAUUCCUGUGUUGUAUCAGUCUUUCCUCAGCAGAUGGGGCACAUGUUUCCAUGACAUUUGUGUCUGUUGCUUGUGACAUUUGUUACAAUUAUCAAUAUUUAUGCUGUUUUGUAUAUAGAUAAAUUGAUGCAAACCUUGCUGCCAGUGUUGCUGAGUUGCUCCCCACUCGCUGCCCGCCAGCCGCCUGUUUCAUGUGUUCAAACUUACACCUAGGUGAUUGGUAACUGUACUGCUGUCAUACUCAAAUUGAAUUUGAUCUAUAAUAUAUUGAAGAAUGCAACAAAGUAUUUUUGUGAAUCAAAACAAUAAUUGUGUAAAAUGGCUAGAAAUAAAUGAAAUAUAGAUCUGA